AUGGAGCUUGACAAGGCAGUUUUUGUGGGACUGUUGGAACUGAUGAGCCGAGAACAACAGAAGCGAGGGAAGCAAGAAAAAGGUUGUGAUGGAGCUGAAAAGGUUAUUGUUGCCGUCAAGGCAUCAAAGGAAAUUCCAAAGACUGCUCUUGUUUGGUCCCUAACUCAUGUUGUGCAACCGGGCGAUUGCAUUACACUGCUAGUGGUUGUACCUUCACAAAGUUCGGGCAGAAGAUUAUGGGUUUUUCCAAGAUUUGCUGGCGAUUGUGCCAGUGGUCAUAAGAAAUCUUCUUCAGGAUCAUCAGGUUCAGAACAGAAGAGUGAUAUCACUGAUUCUUGCUCUCAAAUGAUCCUUCAGCUCCAUGAUGUCUAUGAUCCUAACAAGAUAAAUGUGAAGAUUAAAAUUGUUUCUGGAUCACCCUGCGGAGCAGUGGCUGCAGAAGCCAAGAAAGCCCAAGCCAGUUGGGUCGUUUUAGACAAACAGCUUAAACAUGAGGAAAAACAAUGUAUGGAAGAGCUGCAGUGCAACAUUGUGGUUAUGAAGCGUUCUCAACCUAAGGUACUCCGCUUGAACUUGGUUGGGACCAAAAAAAAGGAUCUUGAAGAAUUAUGUUCUCUACCUUCUGAACAAGAUCAGAUACUUGGAAAACAAACUAAGAACAAGGGUGAUUCUUUAAAUUCCUUAAAAGGUCCGGUUGUCACUCCAUCUAGCAGCCCUGAGCUAGGGACACCUUUCACUGCUACGGAAGCUGGUACUUCAUCGGUUUCAAGCUCCGAUCAAGGAACUUCACCAUUUUUCAUCUCUGAGAUGAACAGUGACUCAAAAAAAGAGGAAACUAUCAAAGAAAAUCCAGAACGUGGUGAUUCUAUAUCAGACACAGACAGUGAAAACUUGUCCACAUGUUCAGCAAGCUUGAGAUUCCAGCCAUGGAUCACAGAUUUACUUUUGCAUCAACGGUCAUCUCAACCGAAGGAAGAAAAAACGGAGAGGCCGCAUAAUAGGGUUCAAUCAUGUACUACUAGAGCUUUACUUGAAAAGUUCUCUAGACUUGAUAGAGAAGCUGAAAUUGAAAGCUCAACCUACAAGACUGACUUGGAUUUCAGUGGAAAUGUACGAGAAGCAAUAGCAUUAUCUAGUAAUACUCCACCUGGUCCACCUCCGUUGUGUUCAAUCUGUCAACACAAGGCUCCUGUUUUUGGAAAACCUCCCCGAUGGUUCAGCUAUGCUGAAUUGGAGCUUGCCACUGGUGGAUUUUCGCACGCUAAUUUCUUGGCAGAAGGAGGAUUUGGAUCUGUUCACAGAGGGGUUCUGCCAGAUGGACAAGUCGUUGCUGUGAAGCAACAUAAAUUAGCCAGUUCUCAGGGUGAUCUUGAAUUCUGCUCAGAGGUAGAAGUCCUGAGCUGUGCUCAGCAACGAAAUGUUGUUAUGUUGAUUGGUUUCUGUAUAGAGGAUAAGAGAAGGCUAUUGGUUUAUGAGUACAUAUGUAAUGGAUCAUUGGAUUCUCACUUAUAUGGUAGACAACGAGAACCAUUAGAAUGGUCUGCCCGGCAAAAAAUUGCUGUUGGAGCUGCCCGAGGGUUGCGAUAUCUUCAUGAAGAGUGCAGAGUGGGUUGCAUCAUCCACCGAGACAUGCGGCCAAACAACAUUCUUAUCACUCAUGAUUUUGAACCACUGGUUGGUGAUUUUGGACUGGCGAGGUGGCAGCCUGAUGGUGACACAGGAGUGGAAACUAGAGUAAUUGGAACAUUUGGGUAUUUGGCUCCUGAAUAUGCUCAAAGCGGCCAAAUUACUGAAAAGGCUGAUGUUUAUUCUUUUGGUGUGGUAUUAGUGGAACUUGUUACAGGGCGAAAGGCUGUGGAUCUCACUAGGCCAAAGGGACAGCAGUGUCUUACUGAGUGGGCACGACCACUGUUAGAAGAAUAUGCCAUCGAAGAACUAAUUGAUCCAAGGUUGGGAAGUCACUAUUCGGAGCAUGAGGUCUAUUGCAUGCUACAUGCUGCUUCAUUGUGCAUAAGGAGAGAUCCUUAUUCUAGACCACGCAUGUCACAGGUUCUGCGAAUACUGGAUGGCGACACGAAAGGACAGCGCCAUAACAAUAGUGGUCUCCCUAACAAUAGUGGUCUCCCUGUUGUAAGAGUCACUGGAAGCUUUCAUUGGGAAGCUCGGAGUUCAAGCCUUGCCUAUUUGGAAAGCAACGGGUCUGUCUCAGUGGACAGACAACAUGUGAAGAGACUACAGUUAAAACAGUUCACGAAGAAGAUUGCUCACUCCUACCUCUUAGCUGCUUUCUGGCUCAAAGCUUCUUCUUUAGGUUUUGGAAGAGGCCAUUCAGAGGACCUGAUUAUCCUUGUACCCCAGGAUACUACAAAAUGUUGGGAUUCUUCUAUUGACGCGAAAUAA